AGAGCAAGAGAAUGAUGACCCAUCUGACGGUGCCACUAUGCAAUGGAGGUAUGCUUGCCAACAUAAGCAGAAGGAGGUGAAGGGCUGGGCACGACAAAUGGAAAUAGUAGAGACCAUUAUGAGUUGGUCCGAUGAGGAGGGUUUUCCUGGUCCAAGAAUCCUUCAUAGAGAAGUGAGAGGAGUGAAAUUCAAAAUAACAACAAUUAUCAACACAAAAUUUAGGCACCGAAACAAGAUUAAAAGAUUUCGAAGUGUAAAUGAAGAAGUAGAAGUGGAGAGAGAUGAGUCGCCGAAAUUUUGGAUUGGAAGACCGGUGCUAUCACCAACUCGGAUAGUUUCACCACCAGUGUAUUGUUCAGACAAGGGAUUCAAGUUAGCCAUGUCAUUUGUUAUGUGAUGCGUGGCUGCAGAGUUUGGAUACCAAGUAUUGUCAGAGUAUAAGCUAGGAGUAGUGUGGUUGGCCGAGAAAUGCUAAGGAGCUAUAUAUUGAAAGGAAUGGUUGAAUUUGUUUUCACAUUGUAGAGCAAUAUAUCCAGGUUUGUUGCAUACUUGACAGGUAGGCCUCGAUGCAUUAUAUUGAUUUGCAGAGAAAUUUUGAAAAGAGCGACCACCACAUCCAUUGUAAGGAUAAUGACCUUAGCCACAUCCAUGAAGACGAUCUCUUUGGUCACGUAGUGUAGCUAAACUGUAAUGAGUAGAAACUUCAACAGGAGAUGUUAAAUUUCAUGUGUUAUGGGAGAGACGAUUUUAAUGGAUGAGAAGCAAUUGAUAUAGUUCAUGAGUGGAUAGUGGGUUUGUUUGUGUGGUAACAGAAGUGAUAAAAGAUUCUUACGAGGGACCUAACACAUUUAGAAUAUAUGAAACAAGCUCUUUAUCAUAAAAAAAAAUGUUACCAGUAGCUGCUGGUGAAUCAGCAAGUAGUCUUACUUUACCAAAAUAAUUUGAAAUGGUAUGGUCUCCUAGUGAAAGAUUAGUGAGUUGGAAUCAAACCUGAAAUUUCUUAACCUAUGAGUGAGAAGAAAACAUGGAAAAGAGGAGUUGUAGUGGAGGAGAGUACAUGACCAAGAAUGAAUUCAGAGAGUGAUGGGAACAGGAAACUCAAAACUAAUUGGUUAGUGCGUCUCUAGGUCAAGAAAUUUGGGUUGGGUUUUGCGGUUGGAUCUGAGUUUUCUAAGAGAAAUUCUGGUGGGGAGAGCAGAGUUCCAUCUACAUAAGAGUAUAAGUCUUGGCCUCGUAAGUAGGCAAACGUUUGGACCUUCCAUAGGAGAUAGUUCUAAGAGGUUAAUUUGGUGGUGACAAUAUGAGAGAAGGAGGAUGUUAUGGAGGGGAUGGAAGAAGAUGAGGAAGAGGAGGACGAUGAGGCCAUGGACUAGAAUUAUUAACAGUUUAGUUGUGUGGCUCUUGAUAAUAUGUUUGAAAAAAGGACCGAGAGAAGAAAUUCUUCAUUGUAUUGAUCAUAUAUCAUUUAGAGUAAUGAGUCUAUAUAUAGACUGUACAAAGAAUAAUAAAAAAAAAUCGAAGUUGUUACCAAUAUAGCAGAAAACUACACAAAGUACAGUAGAGAAUAACAACCAAUUAACUUACUCUACAGUGAUAUUCUAGAAGCAUUUUACUUUUGUGAUCCAUGUGUAUGAUGCUGCUGUGAGACUGAGUGUGGUGCAGAGUGGUCUAAGCUAAUAUGCUGCAGCGAGGCUGAGUGCAGUGCAGAGUCGUCUAAGCUAAUAUGCUGCAGCGAGGCUAAUUAUAAUCUAUAGUUGUUACAAUUUACCAACAAAAUGGAGAAAAUUGGCAACGGUGGGAUUCCAACACGUGGCUCCCAAUAUGAAUUCCAGCCAUACACUCUCCCUCUCUUCGACGCAGUGCCAUAUUCAAAAGCUCCAAAAGUGAAAUAUACAAAUAUUUUCGUCUCUUGCGUAUUUCGAUUACUCUCAUUUCCUAUUGCGUUAGCAUUUUUUAUUUUUUCAGGAAACCAAAAAAGCCAAAAAAAAGGCCAGUAGAUUUCGGUCCGGCCAGUGGCGUGUUUUACAUGGCAGCGCAUGCUUACCACAAACAAAACGGCGUUGUUUUUGUACCUAAAACGCAGUGGUGUUACAUCUCUGGCGAUACUCCUUGUUCCGAACAAUCUACCGGUAACAGCACCUGUUGGAUUAUCUGAAUGGACGAGGAAAGGUCAAUCUCUCUGGUUCAGUUCAUGGUUAAUGAAGGACUCGUGCCGUCUCCGGACGAGGAAGAGAAGAGGAAAAAUGUCAUUUUGAAGCUCAAAGAGAUAGUUUUGACAUGGAUUAAGAAGGUUGCAUGGCAACGUCGUUUUCCAAAAGAGCAAAUUGCUGCUGCCUGUGCCACAAUUCUGACUUAUGGAUCAUAUGGCCUCGGAGUUCAUGGUUCGGAAUCCGACAUUGAUGCUUUAUGUGUUGGCCCUCUCUUUGCAACCAUGGCAGAGGACUUUUUUAUUGUUCUGCACAACAUGCUUAAAAGCAGACCUGAAGUAUCAGAGAUCCACUGUGUAAAGGAUGCAAAAGUUCCUCUAAUUUGGUUUGAAUUUGAUGGAAUCUCAAUUGAUCUCCCAUAUGCGCAACUUAAGGUGUCAUCUGUUCCUGAAAAUGUGGAUGUAUUAAACCCAUACUUCCUAAGGGAUGUCAAUGUAACUAGCUGGAAGAGCUUGUCUGGUGUACGUGCUAACAAACGCAUUCUUCAGCUUGUUCCAAACUUGGAGAAUUUCCAAUCAAUGCUGCGAUGUGUUAAAUUAUGGGCUAAAAGGCGAGGAGUAUAUGGUAAUUUACUUGGCUUUUUGGGAGGAGUUCAUCUAGCAAUUCUUGCAGCUUCUGUUUGUCAAAAGCAUCCAAAUGCUAGCUUAAAUUCUCUUAUUGUGAAUUUCUUCCAGAUGUUUGCAUUUUGGCCUUGGCCUACUCCUGUUAUAUUGCAAGAUGGAAUAUUGCCUACUACCAGAGAUGCCAUUGAGAUACGAUCCUUAAUGCCUAUACAGCUGCCGUGUAGUCCAUACGAAUAUUGCCAUUCCAAUGUCACUAGAAGCACAUUCCGCAGGAUCAGGGCAGAGUUUCUCCGAGGUCAUGAUAGAACUAGGGAUCUUUUGAAGCCAGAUUUUGAUUGGGGUAGUGUAUUUGAGCAUUUCCCAUAUCCAAAGGAGUAUACACGAUUUGUCAAAAUUUACCUCUCAGCUUCUGACCAAGAUGAUCUUGGAGAUUGGGUAGGUUGGGUGAAAUCACGUUUUUGCUCUCUUCUUACCAAGUUGGAGGAGGUGCAAGGUUUUUGUGACCCUAACCCUGUUGAACAUGUAGAUAUGGAUGUAACAGAGCCCAAUGUUGUGUUCUACUGGGGCUUAAAUCCCAGCAAGAGUAGUUUCACAGAUAUACUGCAUGUUGAAGAGGAUUUCAUGAAGAAUCUCAAAAAUGGCUAUCAAGGAUCUGCUGGAGGGAUGGGAUUAUCCAUUUUGCAAGCUUCGCAGCUGCCUAAGAGUGCUCUUCUUGACACUGGAAUAGGGAAGCGGACGAAAGCAUGUUGGAAAAUUCUCGAUUACAAUCUUCGAAGAACCCCAAUGUACUCUCAGCAUUUGCCACAUUACUUUGUUGGGUAUGUGGCAACCGACAGAGAGCCUGAGCACCCACGUGAUGGGGGUUAGGCUUAUUAUAAAUUUAUAUACCAUACUUGGUUUGCCUCAUGAAAUAUAGGUUUUCAUGGUUGCGCAGCCUUCAUGAGGGAUUAAAAAGAUAUAUGAAGAUGAUGACAGGGGUAAGUUUUUGAGCAUGCAGUAAAGAGGAGAAAUGGCAGAAGCUGAAAGUUGGAGGUUAGUCUUGAGUGAGAUUAGCGUAGUCAAAGUUGUAAACUCAAAUAUUCAGUUAAAUUGCAAAUUUUCCAAAUGAUGUGUGAAUGCUUUUUCUGAAA